GACACUAUUUACAAUUUCAUGAGCUACAUGUACGCCAUAAUUUUGUUGAUCUCAGCAGAACUGAGGAUGCAUUUGCUUUUGGUGACUUCUGAAGCUGUCAUUUGCAGUUGGACAUUUACUUUCUGUGGUAAAUUCUCAAUCUGAAGAACAGAUUUUUAUUCAGAUUAAACAUGGCAGAAAUGAGUAGAUUUUGGCAGCAGUGUACUUGCUAUGAAUUUCUUCACUGUUGGUCUCCAUCAUGCUCAGGAGCUGUUUUUUCGAUAGUCAAUGCAGUGACAAAGUACUCUUUUAGGAUGCAUGCAAUUUUUUAUGUGAUAUCCGCCUUAGUUCGAAAACGAAGUUGGCCGUAUUUUCAAAAGGGUCUGCCUGUGGAAAUCCUGCAGUCUACCGCUUUUUUGUCCACCAAUGCCGCCCUCUUCAUGAAUUUUAUUUGUGUUUAUAGACAUUUAUUUGGAGGUUUUUAUACUGGAUUUGGUUUCAUUUCUUCAUUUCCUGCCUGCUUUAUUGCCAUAUUGACUGAAAGAAAAAGCAGGAGAUCAAUGCUAGCACUGUACACAAUGAAUCUUGCCAUGGAAGUAGUAUUCAACAUGUGUAAGCAGAGGAACUAUGUAACCCCUGUCAAGAAUGGAGAAGUUAUGAUAUUUGCAGCUGCCUCAGCAAUCAUCUUCUGUAUGCUCCGGUAAGACCCCCAAAAUUUUUUAAUUUUAUCAUUUCCAAAGUUUUCAGAUUGUGAAGCUGAAACUGUGAAAGGAAGAGAGGAAAUCACAAAGUGAUGAACUGUUGUGUUGUGUUGUGUUCUCUAUUGAUAUAGAAAUUUGAAUUUUUAUUUGUCAUGAGAGUAACAUGAGAUCUUGAUGUUGAAUGAAUGUUUACAGUAAAUGAGGUGAUUGAGGUCUAGUCCUUUUCACCAACUGCUACAGUAUGAUUGGAGAAAAGGGAAAGCAUCAAUGUGGAAUAAUGAAAGAUUUCAAAGAGCGCCCUCUUGCUUCCUGAGGUAUACAGCAUUUUUUUUCCUCAAGGGAAAUGACUUGUUGGAAGAACAGACACUACAAACACAUUUUCAUACUUAUAAGUUGACUUGAUUUAUCUGACAAUCAACAAUCCCUUUUUGAAUUUUUUUGUAGGAUAGAUUCAGAAUUUUAAUUCAUAAUGGGCUAUUAAAUAAAGGACCAACUAAUACAAAAACGUAAAUAUUGACAUUUUUAAAUUUUUUUUAAAAAGAAGUGUGUAAAAGCAUGAUGUGAAGUAUAGAGUAUUGAAUUGCCGUGUAAUCAAUUUUCCAUUUUUGCAUUUCAGCUUUUUUGAUACCAUGUUUUCGUAGCGCACGAUGAAAUACCUCCAUAUCCCAAAUUUGGUGGGAAUUGGUCCAUGGGGGCCCAAGAUAUGACUUCAUGAAUACAUAAUUAGCCCCAAUGAAAUAAAACUUAAUAUAUAUUGGCCCAAUUCUAAAUAUUACAAACCAUGCAAAUAAUACAUACAUUUAAAUAAACAGGCCUAGAAAAUUAUUUGUGUAUUAUUUCAAAUAAAGGAACUUUUCUAUUUAGAGUAAUACCAAAUAAUAUUUUAUGCAGACAAUGAAAGUGAUGAAACACAUAAAGAGAACAAUUUUUUUUGAAGGCGCAGAAAAUGUUUCUUUUUAAUUUGUACACUCAUCAUGAUGUUUUUAUAGAUUAGUUGGUAACCUGCCUAAACUGUUUGUGGAAGUGUCGCAGACUCUUCAAUCCAAUUUCAGAUCAGCGAAGGCCAUUUUUCAUUGGCUGAAUUGAUGUUGUCAGAUAAUAUAAGCGUGAAGUGUGAGAUAUCGCAGGUAAUCAGGCCUGGGGGACCUUCAAGAAUUCAAUUUAUGUAUGUUAGUCAGUGGAGGCUCUGCUGUCCUCUCCUAUCUGAAAUGAAGGACUAAAAAUACCCGUGAUAUCUAUGUAGGAGUGUCAACUUAAAGUGGGGUCCAUCGUAGAUGAGUACCUUCAAGUACUAUGGAAUGAAUUUUGUUCAGUCUGGAGCAUGUUCAGGCGCAGUCUCAGCAUGUGACAAAGAAGCGUACAAUUGCCCGCAUUCUCAACUUGGGUUUAAUUCAAACUCGGGUUUGAAGUUGGGGUGUAAAUGUGGAUAGCCAAUUCUGACACCAAUCUCUAUAUUGCAAUAGAGGUUCAAUUCAUUCAGUACAUUUGGUGCCCAAAUUACUCAUAACUAUCUUGGAAUGAUAACUGAAAUAUUGUUGUUUUAAUACCAUUUAAACAUGAGGUAAGGAUCAAUUAAAGAUGAGAACCAUACAAUGUAAACAAAAUAUUGACAUUGUUGGCUUCUCAUAAUUUUAAUGGCAGAGCUAGACCAUGGCUUGGAUUAAUCUUGACUUUAAAAUACGGGCCAAUGACUAUUCCAUUCACACUUGAAAAAUGGAGCAAGGUUGACCAUUAAAAUAUUCCAUAUUUCACUCUCACAUUAUAAACUUGUCAAUCAUUCAACCUCACGAUUUGUGUUGUGUCUCGGUCUGAUUCUCUUGCUCUCUCUCUCUCUCUCUCUCUUUUUCUGAUCUUUCUGUUUAUUUUGUUCCUUCAUUCCUACUAAUAUCUCUUUGUUUUAAUAUAUUCUAACUCCUUUCCUCUAAAACUAUAGAUCACUUUUGAAAUUCUCUGUCUCUCUCACCUCUCUUUCAACCACUCUCCUAUCUAUAGAGUUCCAGAGAAAUUCAUACCACUAUGAGAAAAAGAGACAAAAGAGAAAACUGAAAUUAGCAGUAUACUAAUAUUCUUUUUCAAAUAACAAACAUUCUAUGAUAACAAAUACUGAUACAUGUACAUAACAAAGUGCAGAAAAUAUAUCAAAAGUUUGCAUAAACAUAAUGAGUACCUCUUAAAAUCAUUUAGAAAAUUGCUAUUUACAAAUGUACAAAAGAGAUGAUUUUGAUUCCCCCUCUCAACUCUAUGAUGCUAUUCUACACACUUGUACACAUUUUUUUUUCGAAAUAAAAACAAACUUGAUUUUGUUCAUUUUUAUUCAGCGCUUUUAGAAAAAGUUAAUUUGGUUCAUUCGUCAAGUUGAAUCACACCAUGAGGCAUCUAUCUGUAUUUUCUCCCUUACUACUGUGUUGAUUUAACAUACACUGUGCAUUGUGCCCCAGAGGGAAGCCAAUGCACUUCUGACGAAUGAAUCAGUUUUACGACUAAUGUAUCAAGUUUCAUGACUAACCUAAACAAAAUUGAGUCUGGUGUAAUUUCUUUACUUUCACAUUUAACAAUUAUGCCAAAAAUUUCUUUGAAAUAAAAUGUACCAUGAUAUUGAAUACUUUGCAUCUUUCAACAAAUAUACUUGAAAUGUUGAAAUACAUGCCCAUAGAAAGCUGUUGUUUUUUCAAGCGUUUUGCUAAUCAAUUUGAAGUACAUGUACAGUGUAUGUGAAUUAUUUUUCAACUAUUAAAAAGCAUGCAUUUGUGACAUGUGAUUGAUUUUUCAGAUGCAUUUAAUUACAACAAUUCCUGUUUUGGAGGUAGACAUUGUGAUGGUAUUACACAUGAAAUAAAGAUAUACGCUUAAUAGUAGG